AUGGAGGUUGUUGGCAUGAAGAAGGAGAAUAUGAGAUUUGAAGAAACCGAGCUGAGACUUGGAAUUGGAUCCGCCAUAGUUUCUGAAGAAGUUGUAAGGAAGAGAGGAUUUUCUGAGACUGAAACUGAUCGUGAUGAUGAGAAAACUACUAUGGAUUUGAUGCUUAAUCUUUCCUCUAAGGAAGCUACUGCGGAGGUAGAUCCAAAUGGUAAGAGCACCAAGACUUUGCAAAAGGAGAAGACUCUUUUGCUUGCAGAUCCUGCUAAGCCUCCCACAAAGACACAAGUGGUAGGUUGGCCACCUGUGAGGUCGUUCCGGAAGAACAUGUUAGCAACACAAAAGAGUGAAGAAAGUGGCAAUCUAAAUCCCAUUGCAAUUACCUUUGUGAAAGUUAGCAUGGAUGGAGCACCUUACCUCCGCAAGGUAGAUUUGAAGAUGUACAAAAACUACUCACAGCUUUCUGAUUCCUUAGGCAAAAUGUUCAGCUCCUUCACCAUUGGAAAUUGUGAAUCUCAAGGCAUGAAGGAUUUUAUGAAUGAGAGUAAGUUGAUGAAUCUUUUAAACAACUCUGAUUAUGUCGCAACCUAUGAAGACAAGGAUGGUGACUGGAUGCUUGUCGGUGACGUUCCAUGGGAGAUGUUUGUUGAAUCAUGCAAACGUCUGCGAAUCAUGAAAGGAAAGGAGGCUAUUGGUAUUGCACCAAGAGCUAUGGAGAAAUGCAAAAACAGGAGCUAG